AACACUGCUGAUAUCUAUGCCAGUUAAGUUUUUUUAACUUAUGAAUCUGAUGAUUAAGUUUUUAAAAGAAAACAAUGUCUAAGCUAAAAUUUAAUUUAAUAAAUUAAUUUUAUCCAAAUUUUUUUAAUAGUGCAUAAUUUAUGACAAAGAAUCGAAAGAAGAUUUUCAUUUUGAUCUGAAAAAAUGUCUACUACAAUAAUGAUGUACGUCAUCCCGAUGUUAUUGGGACAAUCUUAUGAUUUAGGAAAAGAGAGACCAGGCCUACAAAUAUUUCCUUCUGAUGUUGAGGAAGAUGCUGUGAAAAUAGAACAUUAUUUUACUGACUCUCAAUACAGGAUGGUUGAAAAUGCUGCCCAAGUAAAAGAUUUCUUAGACAUUAGUGGAAAGUUAUCUCUCAAAAUUAAAUCUGGCAUGUUGGAUGUGAGUGGGGAAGGACACUAUUUAAAAGACAGCUCAUCUAAAACAAACGGAAUGGAAAUAUUGGUGAAAGUGCAUUUUGAAACGGUGACAAAAACCAUUCCAUCGUUCGUAAAACCUAAAACUGGAUGGACAUUGUAUCCUCGUAAUUAUUUGGGUACUCAUUAUUGUAGAAGUAUAACAUAUGGGGGUGAUUUAGUUGCUUCUAUCCGUAUCACUGCUACGAAUAACUACGAUCUUUUACGCAUCAAAGGAGCCAUCAAUGGUGGCAUAAAUGCUGGCGGAGGAUCAUUUGAAGGAAAUGUGAAAGGUAAACUUGAAAUGUUGAAACAAAAUGCACAGGACAGCAGUUCAAUGGAAAUCAACUAUUAUGCAACUGUACCAAUCCAGGGUGUGUCCUAUGACGUAGAUGGACUUUUAAAACUCAUCGAUGAAUUUCCUGAACAUGUUAAAAAUGUCAACAAUGGAACUGGGAAUCCACUCAGAAUGGAAUUGUUUCCUUUAAGCUCCCUGGAUACAAACUAUCCCGCUUUUUUCGAAAGCAGAGCAUUAAACGAUCAGUUGGAUGACUUGGAAACUCAGUUUGACGAUUUGUUGGAAACUAGGCGCAAACUGCAACAUUUUAUUGCAUCAUUACCUCCCGUGACUCCCAAAAGCGUGGAUGAAAAAAUUAAAAAGUUCAAUGAUAAGGUGAAUAAGGUGUAUGAGAUUUAUGCAAAGACAAUUAGCGAUCUUGACCUGUCAGAAGGAGCACCCACGAAAUACAUUGAUGAUACCUUUGUAGCUUAUAAAGACGGUGAAUAUAUUUUCCCUCAAAAGUAUGCAAGACACCUGGCUUCAUUACAAAAAGAGAUUUAUGAUGAACAUCCAGAACUAAGACCAAGAAUUGGGGGUGCUGAUUUCAUCAGAUGGGGAUAUAAUGAGUGUACUACUUUUGAAACUGAAACAUUCAUUUCGGGAGUAAUGGCAACAUCAGAACUUGUGCAAGAAGGUGGAUCAAGUGAGUUUAUGUGCUCUACAGUUGAUCCAGUUGAGAUAAAUCCCAAAAGUUAUUUCCCAGGAUAUCCAGGCAAAGAUGAUCCAGACGAGCAUUUAUUAGUCAGUCCAAUCAGAUACCAAGGAGAACUAAAAAAAUUUAGCUCUAUGAAGGAUAAGCCAAUAGCAUGUGCUCAGUGUCGAGCAACUUUACUAACCACUGUUCUAGUGGUGAUGGCUAACAAUUCCUGCCCAACAGAUAAAUGGACAAAGGAAUAUGAAGGCAUUCUCAUGGCUCCUGGUUUUUAUAGUUCAAAAGGUGAAUAUGUCUGUGUGGACGUAAACAUGAAGAGCCCAGACAAAACAAUAAAGUUCGGAAAUUCAGAGGAUUCUCGAUUACCUGAAGUAAAAGAAGUUACAGUUGAAUGUGGUUCUUUGCCAUGUGAACCCUAUGAAGCAAACAAACCGAUUCCCUGUGUUGUUUGCACUAUUUAAGCAUUUAUGGUUGUACUAUUUUGAGCAAUAAAAACUAUUUAUAUAUUAUUA